AAUGUUUCUCUUACUUUACCAAUUACGUCUGCACAACAAAUGGAUUGUGAUGAAUUGUGGUUCUGCGAAUACAGACUAGAUAUUUUGUUGAAAUGAAGCCGAGAAGACGAUUUGUUGUGGCCGCCUUGUUUGUGGUGCUGGCAGCCCUCUCUGUCCAUAUCGUAGCUGUAACGCUGCCGUUUUGGCAGGUAUCCACUAUCCCUACAGGUGACGUCACACAGGGACUCUGGACAACUUGUCUAACGGACAGUGGCUCGUCAGAAUGUUGGAGUUACUCAUCGGUAGAAGUAUGGCUGUUCAUCGUCAGAACGUUGGAGAUGAUGGCAUUAAUCCUCUUGUUACUGGCAGUUAUAGCAAUAUUUGUGUAUCUUCUGGACAUAUCAUGGAAGGAAAUUCUUCACGGUAUGACGGUCGUAACCCUCUUAAUGAUCGUUGUGUUAAUCCUUAUUGGCCUUAUCAUUUAUGGAGCAAAUACUCAUACGGGGCUCCUCCACGUAUCCUUCAGUCUGGCAGUAAUCGCCGCCAUACUUGCGCUGAUUGCCGCCAUUUUACUUGUUGUUGGAUGUUCCUGCUGCAAAUGUUGCCAGAGAUGGAGCACACAUGAUAAUGACCCUCACAGAAAGGUGAUGCACAGAGAGUCAACGAGAACAACUUCUCUUGUGAUCGAACGAGAACCGACUAAGGCAUGGUCUGACGACGAAACCAUAGUUACAAGAAGAUCUUCACAACUCUCAUGGAAAAGCUCGUGUAAAGUACGACCAGAGAGUGAAAUACGUACGGAAUACACCAGAUCUCCAACCAAAAUCUCGCAUCAAACUCCAGUCAAACCGUUCCAUGAUGAGGAAAGGGAGCCGUGUUGUAAAUGCUGUGGCUUCUGCUGUUUCUUUACGUGCUGUAAAUGUUGUCGUUCCGACAAGAAGAAAAGGCAACAAAGGGAGAUGAAAAGGACACUCGAGAAUACAGUAUGUGACUCAUGUGGACGGGAUUCAUACCAACGACUUAUAUAUAUUGACAAAUCAACGUCAAUCACCUCACUGCGACAAGACGAAAUAGCGACAUUGAGUACUCGGACAAAGCAAGAGCGAACACAAGCGUCAGAACAUACUAAUAUAACACAUGUACAUGGUACUAAGACUGGACAGGUUGUGAUGAUUGGAGCAACCCACGACAGAUACCAACCAGAUUUGAACAAUAGGUCUACGUGUAUGACACCGGAACAUGACGACGGAGAACGGAACCGGAAAUGGAAUUACCAUAAAUCUACACCAGUUUAUUGCGGCCGGGUACUUGUAGCCAACGUCUUCAGUGUAAGUCAGGGUCCUCACUCACCCUGUCCAGAGUCUGUGUAUUGUUGUAGCUGUAAACAUACCACACAAACCAAGUCAAAGGAGAAAAAUCCAACAGAGCAAAACAACGGGCGGAGCGAAGACUACUUGUGUGAUUGUAAACUUGGUGACACUAAGUUGUGUGAUAAAUGCGUUGCGAAACGGAAAAUAAAAACAGGUGUUGCUCAAAGCAAGAACCAAAGACCAAAACCAAGGACGGUUCAGCAAACUGACCGUGUAAAUCCUUCUAAUGCAGUUAUCCGUUCACAGCAAUUUCCUGACGACGGGAAAGACACCAUAACAAACCGUGAAGACGACGUACAGCAACGAAAACACGAUGUGUUAGAGGCGCGUCCGGCCACCAAUGACGACUCGUCCAAAGUUCAACCUUCAGAUAACUACUUCGGUUUAACAACGAACAAUAAAGGUGACAGAAUGUCUGAAAACGAUGAGGAUGCCAUUGAUAAUGACGUCGACAAUGAUUUGGUCUACAACGAUGAACAACGUCAGGAUCAAAUAGACAAUACACCGGAAUCGCCAUGGUCAAAUAAUGUUGAACUGUUAUCAACAUCGCCGACAAAUGAAACACCGUUACCGUCAAGAGCAAAUGGCGGUAAGAAACCAUUAGCUUCACGGACAAAUGGAGGCAAAAAACCCAUAUCGUCACGUGCAAAUGGAGACGAGUCCCCAAUACCGUCACGGGACAAAUAGGGAUGAAACCCCAAUACCAUCACUGACAAAUGGAGGCGAAACUCCAAUACGGCCCGGAAGAGUUGAAGAUGAACCCAUAGCACCGCGGAGACACAGAGCCGAAAUACCAGAGGCAGAUGACAAACAGGCUAGGAACCCAGUAAAAAGUCCAAGCAAGAACAAUGUUUUUACUGGUAGGAAUCCGUCACCAAAACCUGAUAGAAAUGACAAUGAUCUGCCAGACGGCAGCAAUAAACAACAAAGGAAACCAAGGAUACUCAGUUAUAAUGAUAACCAAACCAACAACAGAAAGGACGAUGGUAAACGACCAAAGUCAGAAUCGGACGCCAAUACAAAUAACACUGGAACAACAGGUGAUGAUUCAAGUACUAAACCCAGAAAGAAAAAGAAACAUAAAUGGGUACCACCUCAGUGGAAAAGCCAUUUCUAGGCGUUCUGGUUAGAUAACACCACUAUACUAAUGUACUAUAUUAAUUUUUCAUUUCAACUGUUUUCGUUGUUAUACGUUUUUUUUUCUCUUUUCGAUUAUAUACUAAUAAAAUCCCAAAGUUAAGUGUU